AUGGGCGAUUUAAAGAAUGUUCUACUGAAUAAACUUCAAGAAGGAACGCUUUUUGUUAAAUUUAAUGAUGAUGGCUCAUUAAAUGAAGGUUUCUUCUAUAUUUGUCCGAAACUCAAGUCUCUUAUUUAUAAUGUUUCAAAAAAAUUAUUUCAAAAUUCAACAAAUGAAUAUCUUCUGAAAGAUUGUGAAGUUCGAGCUGGUUUAAAAACAGAUACAUGGUUAAAAGUUCUUCGCUCGGGUAAAGUACGAGAACAACAGGAUGAUUUGGCUUUUUCAAUUUUGCAUAGUCGUGGACGAAAAAGUUUAGAUCUACUUGCCAAUGAUACAGAAACACGUGAUAAUUGGGUUACUGGUUUAGAAAUGUUAAUACAGGAUAGUAUUGGAAAGCCCUACACGAAAAUAACGGAUAGAUGGCUCGAAGGUCUUUUCAAUGAAGCCGAUCGUAAUCGAAAUGGUCUUUUAUGUAAAGGUGAAGUUCAUCGAUUAUUAGAAAAAUUAAAUGUUCGUUUAACUACUGAAGAAUUUGAACAAUAUUUUGAACAAACUGAUUUACGUGUAGCUAAAUAUCGUGGACAACUUCGUGUGGAAGAUUUUAUAACAUUCUAUAAAAUAUUAACUUAUCGACCAGAAUUAAUGCAUCUUAUUCAUACUUAUAGUGGCUCAUGUGAACUUUGCACAUGUAAUGGAAAUCCAACAAUAUCAAUUGUUUGUUCAAGAUUAACUCCAGUUAUUGAAGCAUCACUUACUGGACUGGGUCCGAUGAAACCUCGUGCAAUACCAUUCUCACCUCAACCUGGCCAAAUACCAAUGAGUUCAAUGACGAAUAAUUAUAUGACUAUAGAAGAAGUCAAAGAAUUUAUGUUAAAUGAACAAGAACAAGCAUUAUCAUUGGCUGAAAUUACAGAACUGAUAAAAAAAUUUGAUCCGUCAACAGAAGGCAAAGAAUGUAUUGAAAUGGGUGUUGAUGGUCUUCGAGAAAUGUUAUUAAGCGAUAAAAAUCAACUAAUGAAACCUGAACAUCGAAAUACAGUCUAUCAAGAUAUGAAUCAACCAUUGACUAGCUAUUGGAUUAAUACAUCACAUAAUACAUAUCUAUGUGCCAAUCAAAUGGUAGGUAAGUGUACGGGUGAAUCGUAUGUUCAAGCUUUGCAACGAGGUUGUCGAUCAGUGGAAUUGGAUCUCUAUGAUGGAGCCGAUGGACGACCGGUCGUUCGACAUGCAUAUACAUUUAUCAAAGAUGCUUACCUAGGAGAAAUUCUCACUCAAAUAAAACAGUUUGCAUUUUAUGCUUCACCAUAUCCAUUGUUUCUCAAUCUUGAAAAUCAUUGUUCAAAUAAACAACAAUAUCUCGUGGCUAAAUUAUUACUUGAUGAGUUCGGCUCAUCAAUAUAUACAGCUGAAGAAGCGAAUGCAUUUUCGGUGUGGCCGUCACCUGAACAAUUGAAAGGACGUAUCAUUAUUCGAGGACGAAUUACACCAAAGGAUAGUAUAUCCUUCGAUUGUAGCAAUGAAGAUGAAUCUUUUGAUCCGGAUGUUUCUGUUGUUUGUAAAGAUUUAUCUAUUCUUAUUGCUUGUCAGAAUGCAACAUUCAAAGGAUUUACAGUUGCUAAAAAAUAUAAACAUACUCAAUCGUCGUCAUUAUCAGAAAAUAAGGCAUUAGCUUUAGUUGAUCAUCAUGCUCUUGAUCUUAUUCUAAAUAAUCAACAUUUAAUUACACGUGUUUAUCCAUCGGCAUACCGGCAAGAUUCAAGUAAUAUUGAAGCAAUUUCAUUAUGGAAUACAGGUGUACACAUGGUCGCAUUGAAUUUUCAAACAGGUGAUGUAUCAAUGUCAUUGAAUCAUGGCAAAUUUACAGAUAAUAAUCAAUGUGGAUAUAUUUUAAAACCCUCAAUAUUACGCGAAAAUAAUACUACAUUUAGUCCAAAUAGUUGUUUUUCUGCCUAUCUUCUUGCUCAGCGAAGACCACUCAAAUUAGAACUUUGUAUGAUUAGUGCACAACAUUUACCAAAACGAAAUCAACAUGAUACUUCACCGGUAUCACCGUUUGUAAAAGUGAAAAUUUAUGGUGUUCGUUGUGAUCAAAAUGAACAAAAAACUUCAGCUGUACUAACCAAUGGUUUAAAUCCAAUUUGGAAUCAUUCAAUACAAUUUUCGAUUUGUAUUCCAGAGUUAUGUCUUAUACGAUUUUUAGUUAAAGAUAGUGAUAAAAAUAAUACUGAUCUGGGACAAUAUUCGAUUCCGUUUCUUUCGAUGCAAGCUGGAUAUCGACAUAUUCGAUUACUUGAUAGACAUAACUCUCCAACAACAGCUACUUUAUUUGUACAUGUAAAAAUCAUUAAUAUGGAAGCAACAAGAUAA